UUUCCCAGCCGGACUGAGAAGAGGAGCGCGCUGCGCGUCGUGGGAGUAACCUCCUUCGUCUCCUGCUCUCGCGACAUGGCCUUCAAUUUUGGGGCUCCCUCGGGCACCUCUGGUACCGCUGCAGCCACCGCGGCCCCCGCGGGAUUUGGUGGGCUUGAGACUGCCAACUCCACCGCCAGUGGGUUUAAUUUUGGGGGUUUCGGAUUAACUGCUAAUCCUGCAGUGAACUUUAAUAUUGGGAAUUUCGGUGUUUCUACUACCUCGGCGACUCCGUUCAAUUUUGGUAACAGUCUGGCAAGUGCAGGUGGGUUUGGAGGAUUUGGGACAACAACUACAACUGCAGGUUCUGCAUUCAGCUUUUCUGCCCCCACUAACACAGGCACUACUGGACUCUUCGGUGGUACUCAGAACAAAGGUUUUGGAUUUGGUACUGGUUUUGGCACAACAACGGGAAGUAGUACUGGUUUGGGAACCGGACUGGGAUUUGGAGGAUUUAAUACACAACAGCAGCAGCAGCAAACUACUUUAGGUGGUCUCUUCAGUCAGCCUACACAAGCUCCUACCCAGUCCAACCAGCUGAUAAAUACUGCGAGUGCUCUUUCUGCUCCAACGCUGUUGGGAGAUGAGAGAGAUGCUAUUUUGGCAAAGUGGAAUCAACUGCAGGCCUUUUGGGGAACAGGAAAAGGGUAUUUCAACAAUAAUAUUCCGCCAGUGGAAUUCACACAAGAAAAUCCCUUUUGCCGAUUUAAGGCAGUAGGUUAUAGUUGCAUGCCCAGUAAUAAAGAUGAAGAUGGGCUAGUGGUUUUAGUUUUCAACAAAAAAGAAACAGAGAUUCGAAGCCAACAACAACAGUUGGUAGAAUCAUUGCAUAAAGUUUUGGGAGGAAACCAGACCCUUACUGUAAAUGUAGAGGGCACUAAAACAUUGCCAGAUGAUCAGACAGAAGUUGUUAUUUAUGUUGUUGAGCGUUCGCCAAAUGGUACUUCAAGAAGGGUUCCAGCUACAACGCUAUAUGCCCAUUUUGAACAAGCCAAUAUAAAAACACAAUUGCAGCAACUUGGUGUAACCCUUUCUAUGACUAGAACAGAACUUUCUCCUGCACAGAUCAAACAGCUUUUACAGAAUCCUCCUGCUGGUGUUGAUCCUAUUAUCUGGGAACAGGCCAAGGUAGAUAACCCUGAUUCUGAAAAGUUAAUUCCCGUACCAAUGGUGGGUUUUAAGGAACUUCUCCGAAGACUGAAGGUUCAAGAUCAGAUGACUAAGCAGCAUCAAACCAGAUUAGAUAUCAUAUCUGAAGAUAUUAGUGAGCUACAAAAGAAUCAAACUACAUCUGUAGCCAAAAUUGCACAAUACAAGAGGAAACUCAUGGAUCUUUCCCAUAGAACUUUACAGGUCCUAAUCAAACAGGAAAUUCAAAGGAAGAGUGGUUAUGCCAUUCAGGCUGAUGAAGAGCAGUUGCGAGUUCAGCUGGAUACGAUUCAGGGUGAACUAAAUGCACCUACUCAGUUCAAGGGCCGACUAAAUGAAUUGAUGUCUCAAAUCAGGAUGCAGAAUCAUUUUGGAGCAGUCAGAUCUGAAGAAAGGUAUUACAUAGAUGCAGAUCUGUUACGAGAAAUCAAGCAGUGACUUUGGCCAACAAGUAAAAAAUACAUCAUUCCUUUUGAUCUCCUGUGGGAUCCCUAUAGUUAUUUCAAGUAAAGAAUAAGAAGGAUAAACAAUGCAUCAAACUACAGAGCAACAAAGAGACUUAUAGCAGAAACACUGAUUAAAAUGAUGACCAUCCCAAACUGUGGAAGCAGCAGUUUCCCCGAGGAUGCAGAAGGAUGGCUUUUGGGACCUGGAACAGGAACUGGACCUGGAGUUGUUAACAAGAAUACACAGUCACUGACACAUCAUUUUUUAUAUCAAGUAUCACCCACCUAUACAAUAUAUCCUGAAUAUGUAGACAAUGACACUAAAGUUGAAGUAAAAACUUACCUGAAAUACUUCCAGCCAAAAGCAAUUUUCAAAUAAGUAAUUCAUUACAGAUUUCAGGCUAUAUUUCCAUAUACAGUUGACCCUUAAUAUGGGCGUUGGGGUGCCAACCUCCACACAAUGAAAACCUACAUGUAACCUGAUUCCCAAAAAAACAACUACUAAUAGCCUACCAUUAACUGGAAGCCUUACUGAUAAUAGAAAUAGUUGAUUAACAUUUUAUAUAUGUAUUAUAUGCUGUAUUCUGGUUGGGGCAUGGUGGCUCACACCUGUAAUUCCAGCAUUUUAGGAGGCCAAGGCAGGAGGACCGCUUGAGACCAGGAGUUUGAGCCUGGGCAACAUAGCGAGACCCCAUCUCUAUUUUUAAAAAGAAAAAUAAUUGAUUAGCACAUAUUUUGUAUAUGUAUUAUAUACUUUAUUUUGGCUGGGCACGGGAUUACUGGCUCACGCCUGUAAUCCCAGCACUGUGGGAGGCGGAGGUGGGCAGAUCAUGAGGUCAGGAGAUCGAAGACAGUCCUGGCUAACACGGUGAAACCCUGUCUCUACUAAAUAUACAAAAAAUCAGCCGGGCGUGGUGACGGGCGCCUGUAGUCCCAGCCACUCGGGAGGCUGAGGCAGGAGAAUGGCGUGAACCUAGGAGGCAGAGCUUGCAGUGAGCCGAGAUCGUGCCACUGCACUCCAGCCUGGGCGAUAGAGCGAGACUCCAGCUCAAAAAAAUAAAUAAACUGUAUUUUUACAAUAAAAUAGAGAAAAGAAAAUAUUAAAAUCAUAAGGAAAACA